AUGAGUAUGGCAGAUUAUCUUAUUUGUGGAGGGACAGGCUAUGUCCCAGAAGAUGGACUUACUGGUGCUCAGUUAUUUGGUAAUGGAGAUGGAUUGACAUACAAUGAUUUCAUCAUCUUGCCUGGCUUCAUUGACUUUACGGCCAAGGAAGUGGAUCUCAAAUCUGCUCUGACCAGAAUGAUCACCUUAAAGGCACCUCUUGUUUCAUCACCCAUGGACACAGUGACUGAAUCAGAGAUGGCUAUUGCUAUGGCACUAUGUGGAGGCAUUGGGAUUAUUCAUCACAACUGCUCAGCAGAACAUCAGGCAAAUGAAGCUGCAAAGGUCAAGAAGUACAAGCAUGGUUUCAUCCGAGAUCCAUUUGUCCUUGGACCCAAGAACAAGGUCACUGAUGUGUUUGAUGUGAAGCGGUUGCAUGGUUUUGCUGGGAUCCCCAUCACAAAAAAUGGGCGAAUGGGAGAAGAACUAUUAGGCAUUGUCACCUCCAGGGAUGUGGAUUUCCUCGACCCCAAGUCAGAUCUCACUCUUGACCAGGUGAUGACAAAGAAAGACGACUUGAUCACAGCAGACUCUGGGGUGACCCUGGAUGAAGCAAACUCAAUAUUGGAGCAAUCAAAAAAGGGAAAGCUUCCAAUCAUAAAUGAGAAGGGUGAACUGGUGGCUCUGAUAGCACGUACAGAUCUCAAGAAGUCCCGCAACUAUCCCAAUGCAUCUAAAGAUGCCAAUGAUCAGCUGCUCGUAGGGGCUGCCAUUGGCACAAGAGAAGAGGAUAAACAUAGAAUUGAGAACCUUGUUGCUGUUGGUGUAGAUGUCCUUGUCCUUGACUCCUCACAAGGGAACUCAAUCUAUCAGAUCAACAUGAUUCGAUACAUCAAGUCCAAGUAUCCUGACCUUCAAGUUGUUGGAGGGAAUGUUGUGACUGCAUCUCAGGCCAAGAAUCUGAUAGAUGCAGGAGUGGAUGCAUUACGUGUGGGAAUGGGUUGUGGAUCCAUUUGCAUCACUCAGGAGGUCAUGGCUGUUGGGCGACCUCAGGCCACUGCUGUCUACAAGGUGGCUGAAUAUGCUCGGCGUUUCAAGAUCCCUGUCAUUGCAGACGGAGGGGUCCAAACCGUUGGACACAUCAUCAAGGCCCUUGCUCUUGGGGCAUCAACUGUGAUGAUGGGCUCCAUGCUGGCUGGGACCACUGAGGCACCAGGGGAGUACUUCUUUUCAAAUGGGGUUCGGCUGAAGAAGUAUCGUGGAAUGGGGAGCUUGGAAGCUAUGGAGAAGGAAAAUUCUGGAGGGGCUGCUAUGGAUCGCUACUUCACUGCAGUUGAUACAUCUGAAUCAGGGGAAGAUGAGAAGGUGAAGGUGGCCCAAGGAGUGAGUGGGAACAUUGUCGAUAAGGGAUCCAUCCUUCGAUUCUUGCCAUACGUUUGUCAUGGACUGAAGCAUGGGUGUCAAGACAUUGGGGCCAAAUCUCUCUCCAUCCUUCGAUCCAUGAUGUAUUGUGGGGAGUUGAAGUUUGAGCGUCGUACGGUGUCGGCUCAGGUAGAAGGAGGAGUUCACAGUCUUCAUUCCUAUGAGAAGCGUCUCUUUUGAGCAUCAUUUGCCAGAUAUGCCUUGCUUGUAAACUGUGAUUUCAUCUCAUUUGGUCUCCAUGUCUCUAUGGCCAGUACAGGGCAGUAUUCAGUUUUUGCAAGAAUCAAAGGAUAACAGUCAGCUGUGUCUGUCUUGCAUGCAGUUUGAUGUUCACGUGAUACCAUGUGCUUGAUGCUUUUGGUUUUCAUUCGUGCAAUAAUUGUUGAAUUGUUUUUUGGCCAUAUUGUGUGAUCUUUUAUGCUACC